UAAGAAUUUUGCCAAGCUCCGGUACUACAUACAUUUGAAAGGGAAUAAUAGGUAAUGAUCCCCGUGAAAAAGGAGAUCGAGGAUCUUUCUCACGAAAAUAAUUCAAUUUUAAUUUUUGUAGCCAACUUACUGAUGGCCCACGAAAUAAAGUGAAGUCAACUCCUCUUCACACUUUCAAAAGCUGACGUCAUCAUACACCUCACUAUGCGGCACCCUCAAAGUCUCAAACUCAUUUAAGUAGCGAGUAGAAGACACUUCCCUACUCACACCAUCUUGAUCACUUGUCUCACUAAAUAAAUCAUCAAACUCAGAACCACAAGCCAUGUAUGCUUAUAACAACUCCAGUAGUUGUAAUAGCUAUAGCAGCAAUAGUAAUGAAGACUCCUACCCUUGUUAUCCCGGGGACUUUCUUGCGCAUACUCAGAUGCCGCCUCUCCAACUGGAUAGCCUGAUAAUAACAAACAAUGGGUACGACACUGUGUCAGCUGCAUUGAUGAUGAAACAAGAGCAGCUUCAGAGUGGUGGUGGUCGAAGUAGUUAUGCCUCUCCUACUUCACUCACUCAGCCUUCCAGUGAUUUCAUGAUGCAGAGGAGUGCGAGUAGUCAGUCGUUUCAGAAUCAUUUCAACGGCUUCCAGUAUCAUCAACAGCUCAACCACUUGUCCGGAUUUCAGGAUUCGGGCCCUGUGAGAAAGGCCUUCAGCACGGGCGAUUUAGAGAGAAUUAACAUGGUACAACAUCAGCAUAGAUCAGACAGUCCAUUAUCAAAUGAGAGCAGCAUUAUUGAGUGUAUGAACGCUAAAGCGUGCAAGUACAGCCCCGAAGAGAAAAGAGAGAAGAUUGAGAAAUACAGAAACAAGCGUAACCUCAGAAAUUUCAACAAAAAAAUCAAGUAUGAAUGCAGAAAGACAUUGGCUGAUAGCCGACCAAGAAUCAGAGGAAGAUUUGCGAAGAACAGUGAUGAAAGUGAAAAGGAAGGGCAGCUGAUAAACGAGUGGAACCAUGUCCCUGCUCAUAACCAUGUCUCUCUUGAACAAGAUGAUGAAAAUUGGAUUAAUUUUCUCGACGCUUUCUCAUCCAAUUUACUUCCUUGAUUCCGUGUGUAUAUAACCCUCCGUUUCAAAUUGACUGCUUAAGAAUAUUUUCAUGUACGAUGAACAGUACACACGCAUAAUACUGUAAUCAAAAAGUGUGUUUCCGAAAGAAAAAGGUGUGAACCUAUAGUCUAGUUUCUACUGAGAGCACUAAUUCUAGUUUGCUCCACUCACCUUCCUACAUUACGUACACCCUUGAAACAUACCUCAAAGAGUGUGCGAAUCUUGAACACCUUGCGCAAAACU